AUGUUUAAGUAUUGUUGUUAUAUUUUUAGCAAAAGGUCAGGACAAUUCAAAUCCAGCGCUUAUGAGAAUUCCACUUGGAUUGUGGAAACUCUUUUGAAAGAUUACGACAGGAGAAUUAGACCUGGAGUGAAAGGUAACUUUAAUUUCUGUUUGAGAGAAGGCAUCACUAACGACCAAGCUUAUGCCGAAAAAAUAGGAAUAUUCCACCUAACACUGAAGACUACCAUCCCAAUUCACUAGAAAACUGUGACAUCAGCAAGGUGUUAAAAUAUCUAAACCCCUUCACAAGCGUAUCACCACUUCGUACGGCCGGUUAACUCUUCAGCCUCUAUUUUUAGAUUUAUUUUUCGCCCCUCAGUUUAUCAAAGCAAGGAUGGAAGAUUUGACACCAUGGUGGAUCGCUCAAGCUCUUGUCAAGCAAAGAACUGGCGGGAGCUUUUGAGCCUUCAUCUAUAAGAUUUAAUCGCCAUCCUGAAUUAUCCGGACGCUCGUCUGUCUCCUACGGAAAGGCCUGUUUGUACCUCUUGGGGAAGGGAUGGAGUUUCUCCACUCCCACUCACUAACGUUUCCUACCAGGGUUUCUUUUGAAAACCAAAGGAGGGAGGAACGUUUAUUGACCCUCUAAAGCACUCCAUUUAAUUUGAUGAACAUUGUCAAUUUUUAUCCAUUUAUUUCUUUUUUUCUCGUUAAUUUAGGUUCUCCUCAAGAGGUCCGUGUUGAUAUGUAUGUUGCUAACAUUUGGGCAAUGGAAGAAGUUAAGAUGGUAACAAUAAUUUAAUAGUCUAUGAUUUUCACCCACCCUCUGGUCGCGGGAAGGUUCCGCCUCAGAGCCAUUUUGGCCAAUUCAGUAGAAAGAACUAUAAUUACAUUUUCAGAACUAUUACUCUGUAUUCAUAAAAUCUUAUAUACUGAAUAUAUUGCUUCAUCAAAAGUAAUCCGCGGUCAUGCGUUCUUCCCUUAGUUCAGUUGUUGUUGUUAUUGUUGUUUUUGUUGCUUGUUUUCAGUGUUGCUGUUGCUCGUGUUGUCUUUUCUAUCACUGGAAGUAAAAUACCUCAAACACACUCUAGUCCUUCACUGUUUCCAGUGCUCAUAUAGUACACGUUGUUGAUCGCAAAAAAUUCUGCUUAAGCAUUGUCUUCAAUUUCUCUUCGGACAGUUUUUAUACCCAGGAGAAACUGAAAACAAUUUUUAUGGGCGAGGUAAACAAGGUGUUUUUUGGGCAAUGUCAGAAUGGUAGACUGAACCAUUAGCCUUUCAAUGCAUUUAUGAAAUAUCCCGCAAACUAACUAAGUGAUCAAGAAGGCUAAAUAGUGUAUUAUGUGUUUCUGCUCUAUGUUUUAAAACGGUUGUUGUGACGGCUUGCAGGAUUUUACGAUCGACAUAUACCUACGCCAGUAUUGGACAGACGAACGGUUGGCGUUUGGUCAUCUGACCUCGGACCCUAUUUUGACCCUGAGUAGUAAUAUCAAUAAACAGAUCUGGAUCCCGAGUACGUACUUCUUAAGGACCAAGAGGGCUUACAUGCACGAUGUGACCACAGAAAACUAUCUCUUACAGAUCUGGCCGAAUGGAAGUAUCUUCUACAGUAUAAGGUAAGAAAUAUCAGUUUUUGAAAAGGGCUGCUCCCUCCGGCAAAAGGCCAUUCACACAAUAUCAUACCAAUUCGAAGCGAAACGUUUUACAAAAUUAACGGUUCACGUUUGCUUCGUAAGCUCAUUAGGUAGUUUAAGUUUAAUGAUUCUUUAUUACAGUCAGUCAUAUGUAAAAGGUGGCCCGAUAGUAGCAGGGGAAAACUGAAUUCCCAUUCCAGGGCUACUCUCCAUUUAUCAAUGUAAACCGGCUUGUAUAUGCACACAUUAAUAUUAAAAAUAUGAUAAAAUUAUAAUAAUAAUAAUAAUAAUAAUAAUAAUAAUAAUAAUAAUAAUAAUAAUAAUAAUAAUACUACUACUACUAAUAAUAAUGAUAAUAAUAAUCAAAUAAAAUUGAUAAAAAUACACUAGUACACCGUGGGUAUGACUAUCGAUACUUAUUACUUUGAGCGCAAAUUAACUUUUUAAAAAAGGAGGCUAAGGGGAGAUAGAUUUGUCAUUGAAACAACAACAAAAAAGAACAAUGCAAGCAUGUAAGCCCAGAAGAAGCAAAGUAAACUGUUGUAGACAUAAAUGCAACUUUGAUGAUGACGUUACUGAUUCAUUACUAUUAGACAUCCCCUUGCAGUUAACAUUCUUUUAGCAAACACUUUUCCCAGGUUAAAAUAGACCUUUUUACCGAUACGGCGGCCAUAUUGAAUAAAUUCGAUUUAAGGAGUAUUAUAGGAUGCCCAGGGGGCAUGAGCACAUUUCGUUUAUAUUUUUGAGCGCUUUUCGGGACAUUUUUUCUUAAAGCUUUCUUAGAAUAAGAUUGUAAUGGGAAAAAAGAUCCUUGAGCCGUGUUUGGAUGUAAUAAUGAUCGCCUUUUUCCCGAGAAAUAUACAGNAUCAAAUAAAAUUGAUAAAAAUACACUAGUACACCGUGGGUAUGACUAUCGAUACUUAUUACUUUGAGCGCAAAUUAACUUUUUAAAAAAGGAGGCUAAGGGGAGAUAGAUUUGUCAUUGAAACAACAACAAAAAAGAACAAUGCAAGCAUGUAAGCCCAGAAGAAGCAAAGUAAACUGUUGUAGACAUAAAUGCAACUUUGAUGAUGACGUUACUGAUUCAUUACUAUUAGACAUCCCCUUGCAGUUAACAUUCUUUUAGCAAACACUUUUCCCAGGUUAAAAUAGACCUUUUUACCGAUACGGCGGCCAUAUUGAAUAAAUUCGAUUUAAGGAGUAUUAUAGGAUGCCCAGGGGGCAUGAGCACAUUUCGUUUAUAUUUUUGAGCGCUUUUCGGGACAUUUUUUCUUAAAGCUUUCUUAGAAUAAGAUUGUAAUGGGAAAAAAGAUCCUUGAGCCGUGUUUGGAUGUAAUAAUGAUCGCCUUUUUCCCGAGAAAUAUACAGUGAAAGACCAUUUUUCUAAUACUAAACUAGAAAAAGGCGAUCAUUAUUACAAUAUUAUAUUAAGGUCUAUUAAACAAACGUAAGGUCACGCCAAUAGUUCUAGCAUUCACAAGGCUUAUCCUUCCUUUCAGAUUGACUAUAACAAUGUCAUGUAAACUGAAUUUGCGUCGAUUCCCUCAUGAUAUCCAGAAGUGUACGUUGGAAUUGGAGAGUUGUAAGUCGACAUUUAUGACUGUAUUUGACUUAAUGUCGUUAAGUCUAUCCUAUCUUAAUUCCCCCUUCCAUUGUCAUGAACGGGUUACAGCGACAACUCGAUUUCACAAAGGGCCAAGGGAGUGGCAAAAUUUGUUCGCUAUAACGAAGCUUCGUUAUAUCGAGGUUCUUUUCCAUAUAUUUUACAUCGUUCGUUACAACGAGGACUUCAUUAUCUAGAGGUUCGUUAUAUCGAGGUUCCUCUGUGUUAUAUUUAAUGCAUUGAAAAGUAGACCAUUUAAGCUGAACCGGGAAUCAUUAAAAAGGACCAAAUGCUCCCCUUCAGUGAAGACAAUAAUGACCCGCUGGUUCUUAAACGAUUGAAUAAUUAAAAAAUAAGGCAGAAAAACGCUAUGAUAACUACUACACAAGGACAAAAGCGGAGUAGACGUACAAGUAAAAUGUUGCAUGAUUUUCUUACUUGUAAUAAGAAAAUAAGGAUUUGACUGUUUAAAUAUGUCCGGCUGAAGUUUGUUCACUUAUUCAUAAAAUGUUUGUGCAGUAACAGUUCUGUUUUUAUUAGAUGGUUACCAGACAACAGACUUGUUGUACAAAUGGAAUCCACGAGACGAUAAUACAUCUGCAAUAUACGUUAACAAGGAAGUGGAACUUCCUCAGUUCGAGUUAGCUGGUGUUGAGAAAACCUCGGAUAUCAACGAAUACAAUAUAGGUAAACACACUUAAAUCAUUUUUUUGCAUGAAAUUAUUGCUUUUAUAACACAACAAUGCGCAACAAAAAGCAAGCCAGAAGAAAAUAAACUAAGAAAUCACGAUCUGUUUUGGCAGGGACAAGUUAGCUGGAAAGAACACCUUAGAGUGAUUUGUUAAAAAAACUAUUGAGGACAUAGCUCUUCAAAAUGGGAAAUCUUUACAGACGUUUGUAUGGUGGUGUUUAGGGGGGCGAGGGGGGGAAGGGGGGGGGUGAGGGGGGGGAAGGUUAGGGCAGUUCGGGCCCCCCCCCAUACAAACGCCAAUAAAAUUUGCGGGACUUUGUGGAGCAAUACUAAUUUUGUAAUUUUAAGGUGCUUUUUCUCUCAGUGUCGAUGGUUAUUCGCUAACUUUUUUAUAACUUAAAAAAACCCGUGGAAGGGUCUAGUUUCCGUCGCUGUUUGCGGUUUAGUGUUUCUCUUGCCUGAUUGGCUUUGCGUGACUUUGUGGAGCAAUACUAAUUUUCUAAUUUUAAGGUGCUUUUUCUCUCAGUGUCGAUGGUUAUUCGCUAACUUUUUUAUAACUUAAAAAAACCCGUGGAAGGGUCUAGUUUCCGUCGCUGUUUGCGGUUUAGUGUUUCUCUUGCCUGAUUGGCUUUCCCCUUGCAACACAAUAGCAUUCCAGAAAAAAAUGUACACAAUGUCGCUAGUUUUACAAUAUGUGAUGGUGGGAGCUUGGAAGAGUAACUAGUAUGAGUUUAAUAACAGCGAUCCAGCAGAAGGCAAAGAGGCAAGUUUGGUUUUGAAUUCGAAAAGCGAUUGUGCUGUUUUUGCCUCGCAAGAAAGAUUAUUCCCGAGCAUUGCACCACUGUACGUAAAACUCCGUAUAUUAAAAAUUUUCGUUUAAAUAACCGGCCCCGUUUGACGUCAUUUCUAUGGUCGAUAAGAGUACACAAAACAAAAUGCACCACCAGGACGUCAUAUCUGUGGUCUGUUCUGUUUUCGAACAUAGUUCUCCACCAAUCAGUGCGCGAGAAAUCGCUCAGUUAUUGUAAAACUUUGUUUGCCACUCUAGGUAAUCACUCCUCUUUGAUCGCCAUUUUUAAGAUGAAGCGCAGGAUUGGUUACUUUUUGAUUGAUACCUACGUUCCGUCUACCAUCAUCGUCAUCAUCAGCUGGAUUUCAUUCUGGAUAAACCCCGAUACUGCGCCUGCGCGAGUGGCUCUGGGAAUUACAACAGUUCUCACGAUGACGACACUCAUUUCCAGUGCUCGCGCCUCGCUUCCAAAAGUGAGCUACGUAAAAGCGAUAGACUGGUACCUACUGUUCUGUCUGAUAUUUGUAUUUGGUUCCAUUAUGGAGUACACUUUUGUAGCUUUCAUCAUAAACAUCAAAAAUAAGACCAAGAUUGCGGCUGUACCGAACAGAGAAUCAACCGCUAGCUCCAAGGUGAGAGUAUAGAAAUUUAUAGUUGUGAUCAAUGCGAUCGCCAUCAUUUAUCAUAAUCUCAUUUACAACACUCAAAAUGAACUUUGAGGCAAAAACUAACACGAGUCCACUAGACCUGUGGUCGUUAGGGAUGACAACUAUUGAGAAAUAGACGAACUCUCUCAACUUUGUUAAACGCCCAGGUAUAAUGUUCGACGACUCACCCACCCUACCCUAGUGCUGAAAAUGUUUGGUUCAGUACAACAGGUAGCCUAGAUUACAGGCUUAUUUUUAGGCGAGCGAAAGCUCCUUGUUUAUGUUCGUAAUACCGUGGUCGCCUUCUCUAAUUUUAUCACCACUGAGGAAGAACUGGGAAAAGUAGAAAUAUCGGCUCUUCGGUUUGGCGUUACGGCGAUAGAAGGAGACAGGGAGUGGGGGGUAAGGGAAAAAAUUCUUUUCCCUCUCUUCGCCCUCUCCCUCUUUCACUUCGACUCGCCCCAAUGUGUUCGCCCUUUUGCAAUUCAUUAUGGCGAUUUCAACAUGGCUAUUAUGCGAACGAAAACACUCGCACACCCUGCAAAACGUCUGCAACGGAGGUAUACAACAGGCAAAGAAGAUUUUCCUCUUAGCGUGCGCGCUCAGUGAUUAGUGGUACUGUGAGAGAAUACCACUCUCACAUCUCAGUCUUCGUCAUUAAUAAUUGAAGGCCGCGUGAAGACGAGUUUGGCUCAUUGCCAUUCAAGCUUUCAUAGAAUUUUUAACCCCUAAAAAAAUUAAACUUAAGGAAAGCGCUUUUAUUAAAUUAGUCCAUUUACAUUUUAGUCUUACAUUUUAGGCAACUAAUUUUUUUUUUUUUUAGAAAUUAGUCCUUUAACAGUUGAAUCGUUUUACAAGUAAUAUCAAUUUCGAUAUUUUAAGCAUUUAUUGUAAUAUUAUAAUAAUUAAAACAUUUAGUAUAAAGCGCCGAUUUGGCAUAUUAAAAAUGGAAAUGGCGCCAUUAAAUAAAUUAUUAUUAUCAAUUAUUAUUAUCCACUUACCAUUUUUAAGACUUUGGGUUAAUUUAUCUUUUAUUAUUAUUGUUAUUUAUUUGUUUUAUUACUUUUCAUUGUUCAUAAAUAGGAGGAAAAGAGAGAGUUUUUUUCGUUUUUUGGUUCAAAGUGUUCUCCACGACGAGGUACAACCCUGAAGAGAGUAUUCAGCCCUGCAACAGAAAACGAUUCACUUGAUGUCGAAAUGAAAGUAUUUACAGAGAAAAUGGAGGAGGAAAAAAGCUGGUAUCAUAUCACUGAUCCACUGAUUAUUGACAAAUGCUCUCGCUUUGGAUUUCCUCUGACUUUUUUUGCAUUCAAUUGCAUCUAUUGGCUAGUUUAUGGGAACUUUUAA